AUGGAGGUCUUUAUUGCGGUAUUGAGCUUUAUUGAUAUUGUCGCACUUACAUUCUUGAAUGGCUACUGGUUGAUCACUCUUGAUGAGUUGGAAUUGGACCAUUUAAAUCCAGCGGACGUGGCCAAACGUCUCAACACACUUGUCUAUCCAGAGAUGGUUUUGCAUGGUGUCCUUAUGUUCUUGUGUUUAGUAGCGUGGGCGCCAUGGAUUUUUCUGCUGAAUCUUCCCAUUGCUGUAUGGCACGUUCGACGGGUUGUACGCAAUGAACAUCUGAUGGACCCAACUGAGAUCUUGCGGUAUAAAAAGCUACAGCAGGCUCGCUUAGAGUCGAUUGCUAGGACGGUGUUUUAUGGACUGCAGAUUAUCUACGGCAUGUUUUGGAUGGUCUCAGCUAUUGUGUCCUCGGCCAAGAGCCGAAAGGGUGGCAAGCGUGCAUAG